GGACCGGCUCGUGCACCUCCGGGCCAGGAAGCGCAAGGCACGGGAGGAUGGGCCGCUGGAGACUCCACGGGGACCCAGCCAGAAGCACGGGCGCAGCCAGCUGGAGCUGAAGCGGGCGAGGCGCACUGGUGCCUGGAGGGCAGAGGAGAGGCAGAGCCUGGCCGAGUUCAUCCAGCAUGACCGGGAGAUGCGGCGGGAGGACCGGGAGUUCCAGGCCCAGCUCCUGGAGAAGCUCUUCCAGAAGCAGCUGGAGAUGGUGGAGGCCCUGGCCCAGCCCGCACCCCCACUGCAGGAGCCAGAACCGGUGGUGCGGGAGGGAGCUGGGCUCCAGUUUCCCACUUUGCUGGAGCAAGUGGUGCAAACGCAGGCCAAGGGGCAGGAGGCCGAGGCAGCCGGCCCCGCCCCUGCAGGAGCCCCGGAGCGAGCAGGGAAAGCGCCCCCUGCCGUGCAGUACUGGACGGCAGACGAGAUCCUGCGCUGGCUGGUGCCGCAGCAGCCGCUGAUCGGGCAGCAGCCUUGGGGCGAGCGGUGUCGGGAGGGGCUGCCGGGCCCCCUGGCCUCACGGGGAGAUGGAGAAGGGGGGGAGAAUGAGUCUGAUCUCACUGCCUCCAGACGAGUGACUGACACCUGCCAGGGGCCCAAAGGGCUGGGGGGAGCCCGACUUCUCCCUCUGCUCUGUGGGAAAACCCAACAGAUCCAUGCCAGCCUGGAUGCCAGCGAGGCCGGUGAUGGUGCCAAGGUGAAGGGAACUGCCCUGCGCCGCCACGACAUGGAGACGCAGCGCCAGCGCUUCAGGGGCUUCCGCUACCGGGAGGCCGAGGGGCCCCGGGAGGUUUACGGCCACCUGUGGGAACUUUCCCAUCGGUGGCUGCAGCCAGAGACCCGCACCAAGGAGCAGGUGCUGGAGCUGCUGGUUCUUGAGCAGUUCCUGAAUCUCCUGCCUGAGGAAAUGCAGAGCUGGGUGCGGGAGCGUGGCCCAGAGAGUGGCCAGGAGGCCGUGGCCCUGGCAGAGGAUUUCCAGCUUGUUCCCCAGAAGCCCGGAUGGCAGCACCAGGCGCGGGUGCCAGCCCAGGAAGGGGCCAGGGAUGUCGGUGCAGCACAGCGGGCCCUGUUGGCUGAGCGGCAGAGGGCGCCCCAGGGGGCCAGUGGCCAGGAGAACAGCUGGAACGGCGGCUUGUUGGCUGCCACGCCGGGCGCCCCGCUGGUGCGGAGACCAAGCCUGGGCGCGAUCGAGCCAGCUGCUCCCCAGCCCCUGUGCAACAGAGUGGGCUCCAGGCAGGGACAGCAAGUGGAGAAUGGCUUAGAACCGCGGCAGAGCACUGGGCACCUGCGGCAAGCAGAGAAGAACGCUGCCCCAGUGCCACGCCCAGCAGCUGGGAAGGCGACCGAGCUGUGCAGUGCUGGCCUAGGAGGGCAUAUGGGGACAGACAGAGUGCCACAGGGCAGAGCCACCAUUCAAGAGGGCAGCAGUGUCUCAGAUGCUCAGAAUGGGGCUCCGUGUGAGCAGCAGACACCUGCUAGCCUUGUGCGGAUGGAACACACCGGCUCCAAGGGUGGCAGAACCUGCAGCGCCCUGCCCAGGAGCGCCAGCUGUGUAUCCCCGGGGCUGGACGGCCCCUUGCUCGGGGCCCUCCUGGAGACGUCCUUGGACUCCCCAUGGGACAGAGAGGGCAGUGCAGACAGAAUGCCAGAGGGUGGCAUGGCCUGCGUGGGGGCACAGUCCCGCUGCUUGAGCUGCACAGUACUGCGGGCUGAUCUGGACGCCACGCGGGAGGAGCUGAGAAUCACCCAAGCUUCCACCCUGUAUGGACUGAGCGGCACCCACUUGCAGGGCCUGGCUGAGGCCCUGGGCACCAUCUCGCGCAUUCUGAACGACAGGAGGCCGACGAUGACCAAACCCCCCUGGGGUGCAACCGAGAGCCCUGGCAUGGCUUUACCCCAACAGACACACCUGUCCUGAAGCCCAAGUGCCUGGCGAGCAGCUGGCCGUGGCCCACCGCCGAGGAGCCCACACAAAUGUUAAGCAUCGGCAGCACCAGGGAGAAGGUGACGACCUCCCACUCGAUCCCAGAGCCGCUAGCAUCGAGCCCCGUACUUACAGCAGCGCCUGCAGCAGGGAGGCCUUGGACAGGACCUGAGGGGUGCUGGGCCGGCUGCCUGGGGGUGUGGGGAGCUGGAUCCAGCCGGGCCCGUGCUGAGCCAGGGCAGCUGGCGUCUCGUCACUGGAUUUUCCAGGGAGCCUUUCCUACUCGACUAGCUUUUUGAUACAGUGUCCCCAAAGCCCCCUACUUUCCCCUUCACUUCUCAGGUUGGUCUCAAUAAAGCAAUGCACAGA